AGCAUUUACAGAGUUAGUUACAGAGUUACAGAACUCCCCGCCCCUCAAGUCCAUGAACGCGCACGCCGAGACAGACGUUCUGCGUUUCACUAGCUCUAUGGUUGUGGCUCAAGAUGGCGUCGCUACUCCAGUUAGAGAGAGUCUUGUAUCUAGUGCACGGCGAGAAGCCUAUUCGAGCGCCUCUCUCUCAGCUCUAUUUUUGCCGAUACUGCAGCGAGCUCCGCUCCCUAGAAUGCGUCUCUCAUGAGGUGGACUCGCACUACUGUCCCAGUUGUCUGGAAAAUAUGCCAUCAGCCGAAGCAAAGCUGAAAAAGAACAGAUGUGCUAACUGUUUUGACUGCCCUUGCUGUAUGCACACACUUUCCACCCGGGCAACUAACAUACCAGCCCCACUCCCAGAUGAUCCAGCCAAAACUACCAUGAAGAAAGCCUAUUACCUCGCCUGUGGAUUUUGUCGUUGGACUUCCAGGGAUGUUGGGAUGGCUGACAAAUCAGUUGCUAGUGGUGGGUGGCAGGAACCUGAGAAUCCACACACACAAAGGAUUAAUAAGCUACUAGAGUAUUACCAACAACUGGCACAGAAGGAGAAGAUUGAGCGUGACAGAAAGAAACUGGUGCGUCGUCGCAACUAUAUGCCACUGGCGUUUUCUGAUAAAUAUGGACGUGGAACCAGGCUCCAGCGACAGAGGCCAGGGGCGCCUAUUACUGCCCUUACAGGACUGACUCUCAAAGAAGGCGAAGACCAGAAAGAGAUAAAGAUUGAGGCGGCACAAGCGAUUGAAGAAGUGGAACCAUUGCCAGAGGAUUAUUACACCAGGCCUAUCAAUCUGACUGAAGUUACUACUCUGGAUCAGCGCUUGCUUCAACCAGAUUUCCAGCCCAUAUGUGCCUCACAACUGCAUCCUCGCCAUAAACAUCUCUUAAUUAAGCGAUCACUGCGAUGCAGGAAAUGUGAACAUAAUUUGAGCAAGCCUGAAUUCAACCCAACAUCCAUCAAGUUUAAGAUCCAGCUGGUGGCCCUGAGCUAUGUUCCAGAAGUGAGGAUUAUGUCUAUCCCCAAUCUGCGUUACAUGAAGGAAAGCCAGGUCCUUUUAACCUUAACUAACCCAGUGGAGAACCUCACUCAUGUGAACCUUCUGCCAUGUGAAGAGGGGGACCAAGAUGAAAUCAACAGCACAGCAAAGGUGAUUGUACCAAACAAGGAGCUGAUUCUCGCUGGUAAAGAUGCGGCAGCAGAGUAUGAUGAGUUGGCUGAACCACAAGAUUUUCAGGAUGAUCCAGAUGUUGUUGCCUUUAGGAAGGCCAAUAAAGUUGGGGUUUUUAUCAAAGUCAGUCCUCUUCAAGAAAAAGGAAAAGUGAUAGUGAGUUUCAAGCUCAAACAUGACUUCCGAAACCUGGCAGCUCCUAUCCGACCUCUUGAAGACAACGAAUCCAGUUCAGAGGCAGUGUGGCUUACUCAUCAUGUGGAGCUUGACCUGGGGCCUGUGGUCCCACCUGCCCAGUAAAGCUAAAUAGCUGGCACCUGUACAGGAGCACAUAACUGGGGCCACCAGUGAAUAAGGAAUAAGGCUAGGGUGGUGUUACCGCUGCUGAGUGGUGUUUGUCUAACAAGAAACCGUGGGAGUGUGCUAGUGUGUCUGCCAGUGGCAAAGCUUUUCUGUCAUUUAGGGGAGCUCUUUAACUCUGUCUGUUAUGCCCUGCACAUGUUGUUCUUGUCAAACUACAAACAUCAAUAUGCUAAACUGCCCAAAAAGAUCUGCACCUCCCACAUUUAACUUGCACCCGCAAUGCUGUUUACUUGUAUUUAUAUAGUGUAACUAAACUGAAUACGUAUGCUAAGCUUGAACAAUGGAAGCACUUCCUAGCAUCUCCUUACUUGCUAGUUUCUCUUUAUCUGGCAUAUAGGACUAUAGUUCAUGAAACGUGGCCCUUACUAACAGGCAUUUUUUUUUGUUUUUGACCAUUAUUGGAAAAAAAUACACAAGUUCAUGCCAUUUUACAUUAAUUCAAUCUAUUAAUGCCUACUGGCUGGGAUCUGUGGCUUCUUCCUUCUGUCUAGCUUCCCAGCUUCUUUUGAAUGGGGAUGCUGUAAGUACCUCACAGUAAAGCUGUCUCAUUGGAGGAAUACACUGUAAUAGAUAUCAGUGCUUCUGCUCCAUUAUUUUGCUAAGGAACAUAAUCCAGAUCUUUGGAUUUUUAAGAGCAACAUGAAUUCAGCUCAAGCAGUGUGUGAAUCAUUGUCCAAAAAGCAAGAUAUGUGCUAAAGCCUUAUCUAUUGUCAAUUUUUAAAAUUAAAAUGCAAACCUUAUAGCAGAGUAGUGGCAAACCCUGAGAACUGCAUGAUCUUUUAGAACUGUUAAUAUGCCUAGCCUGGCUGUUUGGGGAGAAUAAAAUACACUAAAAUUACUGACUCUUAUUACCUUAUUCAGACUGAGAUUAGUUUUUUUUUAAAUCUAAUUCAGUCAUUUAUUUAUAGUUUUUAAAUUCUGCUGUUUUCAGCACUGUAAACUCACCUUUGUCCAGCUGGGAGCCCAUGGGCCAAAUGCGGCAAUUAUGUGGCCUCAUCAGUUCCGUAUAUUGCUGCUGUUAUGAAGCUUGACCUGUAAAUAUCUUGGAUCUUCAGCAUGCAUGGCAGUAGGAGCUGUGUUUUACAGGGCCAGUUAAAAUGGCAAAAUGUUACAUUCUGUUGCUCUUAAAAGUGAUUAUAGCUGUUAUAUCUGCAGGCAUCUGUUGUAAUGUCAGUAGUAAUUUAUCAAAUGAGCUACAGCCUGGGUAAAAAAAUAGGUAAGAAUAAUGUUCUAAACUACCAGUCAGUAGGAAUCCCUAAAUAUCUAUGAUUCUUCAGAUAAAUGAAUUUCCCUUCCAUGUUGUGCUUUUUUUUAUUACUAACUACUUAUUCACACUUGAGUCUUGCAACUUUGCACAUAAAAUAUAGGUAGGUCAGUCAGGUAAUGCAAUUGUUUUAGUAAUGUGUUUUAGUAAUGGAAGCGUUGGAUGUGGAGGGAAAAUCCUUACCUUUUGCCUUUAACACUAUAAAAUAUAAAUGUGCAUUGCUAGUAUUUCCUUCUCCAGAACUCCCACCACUCGCUAAUCAGGAUUUGCCUUUGUGUAAAACACAUUGGGGGUCAUUUAUUAACACUGGGCUAAAUUGAUCCCAUCACUGCCAAUCAGCUUUUUCCUUUUAUUGUUUAGGGCUGUGACAGAAGGGCAUAUUAGUUGCCCGCAGCAAAUCUCCCUUGUCGCGGGCGACUGAUCUCCCCGAAAUGCCAUUCCACCGGGUAGAAUGUAAAUCGCCGGUGGGAUUGCAUAUGCGACGCUGCGAUUUCCCAAAAUCGCGGAAGCUUUCUCUCAAGGCAACUUCAGCGAAUUCGGGAAAUCGUGGCACCGCGUAUGCCAUCCCACCGGCAAUUUACCUUUUCGCUGAUGGGAUGGAAGAUUAGUCGCCCGCGAACAGGGAGAUUUGUCAUGGGCCACUAAUCUCACAGUGUACCACAGCCCUUAUGGCUUAGAAAGUAUUAACUGGUUGUUUCCUAUGACUGCCCAGAUUGGAAAAUGUGUUGAUUGAUUCCCGUAGUGUUAACUGAGGCCUCUUUAUUAAAUUUCCUGUAGCCCUUAAUGGCAGAGCUAUAGUUAAGGUGAUACAUGUUGCCAACUUGGGUGGCCCAGACCAAGUUGGCAGCAUACUGGGCCAUGUAUUUGGCCUACACGGAUAUCUAUCAGGCAGGUUGGAAACUACAGUUGAGCAAUGACCACACUGAUGUGCCAACAGGUCUUCUCAUCUCCUGCAAUAUAUUCUGAUCUUUGUCCCAGGUACCGAAUGAUCAGAUCAUCCUAGUUUGUUCUAGCACAUUGGUGGCUAAAUCAAGUAAAGUCUAAUAGUGAAUAUAUAAAAAUGGAUGUCUCAUUGAAAGCCAACUUGUAUGCUUAUUCUAUAAAAUGUCUUUAUGCUACUUAACCAUUUUGAAAAUGGAUCAAGAUUGGGGUAAGCAUCAUUAUCCAACAUUGGGUAUAGGAUUAAUAAAUUGUUAGUGUGUACAUAUCAGGGCUCAUAUUUAUAAUGGUCUGCAAUUCCCCAAACAUUGGAAUUUUAGCACCUCAGUAAACCAUGUACAAUCACUGUUAUUUAUUAAGCUGUGCUAUGAUUUUGUGUGGACAAAUAUAAAGUCGAGUUGUAGCAAUUGUUAGCAUUAAGUGCCAAUGCAUUAUACACCAGGUUUCAUUCCUGAAUUUGUCUCAUUCACUCCAAAGGGUACAGGGUAAUGGUUGAAAUAAUAGUUUAUUUUAGCCUGGUGUAAAAAAAAAAAAAAAAUAAUAAAUAAAACAACAAACCCACUUAUCUUGCAGUAGUUUGCUGGUAAUGGAUUAGUUCUGCUUUAAAUGAAAAAUCCAGAUUCAGUUAAUAUGAAAUAUAGCAAAAGAUAACAUUUCCCUGCCGCAGCUAGUUCACAUAGGUUCUUUCCAUUUAAUAAAGAAUGCAUUGAAUACUGACAUAUAUACAUGCAUGCAGAAAGGAAUACAUUUUAUUUAUACUUACUGGACUGUAUUUUUCUUGUGUUCAAAGAAAUUAACUGGAACAAUGUAAUAAAUCUAGAAAUAAUGACCUUUAUAUAAUAUGCAUAGGGCUGCUGUAUUAGCCUGGGAGUACAGGAGCCCUCUGUCUAAAGAUGCAUGCCUUAAUGCUCCUUAUUGAAGUCCCUGCAGCAACAACAGCAGACUGUAUGUCCUGUAUUAGCUGCUACACCAUGGAGUGGGCACCUAGGAUUAGGGUUACCUACACCAAGGUAUGGUGCCAAUUAUGAGCUGUAAGUGGCUAUUGGUCUCCCCUAUGUGGACAGGCAGCCUACAGAAGGUUCUGUUUGGCAUUACAACUGGUUUUCAUGUAACCAAAACUUGCCUCCAAGCCAGGAAUUCAAAAAUAAGCACCUGCUUUGAGGCCGCUGAGUGAGAAACAUGUUGCUUGCGAGCCACUCGUUGGGGAUCACUGAUCUAGACAUUUAUCUUCUAGUUUUGGGGACAAGAAUCUUUGCAGUUAUACAGCUGCCAUGCCUUUGGGCUGGUAGUGUAAGGUCAAUAAAAUGUUAGGUGGCCCUAAUAAUUUACCUAGUAACAUAUCCUUGUAAUUGGGUAGAUAGUCUACAUCACAUUUGAAUAAUAGACACUUCAGUGUAUUAUGUGUUAAAAUGUGUUUUGCUCAUUAGACUGUAGAUAAGAGAUGAUAUGAACCUGUGACUGCCACUGUUAUUGCAGCAGGGUUGCAAUGUAUAAUUGAAGUUCCACUGUAAUCCAUUCUGUCAUCACAUGUUACCAUGCCUUUGUGCUUCAGUGUAAUGUAGUAAAUACGCAGUAAAAAAAGCAAAUACAA